AUGUGGGGCUCCAAUUCGGCGGCGAGGGCGGAGGGGUCGACUUUGUCGCCUGAGGACGCGCGGUCGCAUCGUGCGCACCCCGCCACCCGCGGCGGCGGCGAGUACCGCCACAGUUCUUCAUCUGGCGACUUUAGCCACAUCCUGAGUGCCGCCCACAUCAACUUCAGCCAUGCGAACCCCGAGGCAUCCUCCAGCACCGCGACGGGGAAGAUGCGGGGGCUGCCCUCGCCCGCUGUUGACUACUUCACACACGGCCUCAACGCGCCCAACGUGGGCUGCCCAAGUUGUGCGCAGUUUGAUGACAUUCGGGAGUCCUUAAAGAGUGUGGAGGCGUCGUACUUGGGGGAAAUUGCUCAGCUGCGGCGAAUGGUGGAACAGGCGGACGCGGAACGCGUGGACUCGGUAAAUCGACUGGAGCAGACACUUUUGGAUCUCGACCGCAGUAGGCAACUGAAUCUAUCCAGGGAUUGCGAGAUCCAGUUGCUGAGUGGCCAGCUGCGACAAGUGAAGGAUGGGUCGCAACGCCUGGAGUACGAGUUGGCCUCCCUGCGCCAACUGUACAUGAGUGACGUCGCGCUCUACCAACAAAGAGAGGUGGACUUUUUCCUGGAGAGUGAGCGGCGUGCCAGGGUGGCAGUCGCCCUCACAGAGGAGGGCUGGCGGUCUGCAGUUGAGGCAAGGUGCUCCAGUGCUGUCGAGGUGGGUCGGCGGCGGCGUUGCUCCCACCCAUCGCAGAGCGUUGGGGCGCUGUGUUCGCCCCGUGUGAGUAAUGGACUCUCUUCCAUGCGUGACCGUCCUUCAACAUCUUCAGCCCCCCCUCUCAAGCUCUCCAUCACCCGCCACGUUGGGAAACAUGGAGGUGGAGGAGGAGGAGGUUGGGGUAGCGGCAUAACGCCUGGCGGAAAAGGGGGACUUUUGACGGAGCUGCGGCAGUCCAAUAAUACCUUGACUGAACUCAAUAAUAAACUGCAGCGCGAGCUGGGGGUGAAGGAGGAUCAAAUUGCCUUACUGCGGCAGCAGCUCCCUCUCCAAGCCGAAGGCCCGGCGCGGCCCCGUCAGCAAGGCGUUGAUGAGGACAGUCUUGAGCGGGAAAUGCAGGAGAAGAUUGAGGAAAUGUACCUGGACGAGAUUUUCUUGGCACAAACGUGUGAGCGACACCGUUUGGAGGCGGAGGCGAUGGAAGAACGCGUUCAUUUGCUGCACUGGCUUCAGCAGCAGCUACAUGGCGAGCCACCGCGAAAGCAACUUGUUGAGUCCGCUCAACGAACACCAGAAGAAGAGGAGCCACCAGAACCGCGCCUGAGGCGAAGGUUUGGUUAUUAUUUGGGUGGGGGUGCAUCGAUGUAUGAAGUUCUUUGCAAGAUGCUCGAGCAGCAGCAACGUGAUAUGCGCGUAUUUCUUUUCGAAGAGGUGCCAGGGACGCUACAGGGCGCCCUCCGUGAACAACUCCCUGGGUUUAAACAAUCUGUGGAGUCCCAUUACUUGGGUGAGGGCGGACUACGCAGCAACCUCGGAAAAGUUGCACAAACGCCGCGACGGGACGAGCACGGCAAUGUGCUGCCUGCCGCGAGGACAGAUGAGAGCCGCGGAAAAAAUGUUGUAUAUAUUCAAGGCGUUCCGCAACAGUUUUGCGCGGCAAAUCCACCGCAAGCAAGUGGUGGGCUCGCCUUCCUCUACGACGCUGUAAAAAAGAUGUUGCGGUCGAUGUCUCGCAACGCCAAUGUCAUGUGUGGCAAGCUGAACGAUAUUAUUGUCUCGAAUUCCGCGGUGGCCAGGCAGCUCACGUUGCUGACCAUCCCAUCUGCUCAGAGGCGCGCUGCUGCGUCCCCGAGUCGGAAGUGUUCGGCCACUGCGUCGCCGUCCGUGGCGGACACCAGAUUCUUGGACGCAAGCACACAGACUUCUUCGGGUUCAAAGCAAUUUCAUUUUGAGCUCGAUAACUUUGAUGCCGCGCCUCCGCCUGGGAAUGCGGCUGCCAAUGCGCCGGUUGCCUCACCGAUGCCGCCAUCUCAUGAGUGGGACGUCAUGGACUCUGGCGAUGAAUCCAUUCCUCCGCUGCCUCUUUCCUCCACUGAACGGAAGGCGCCUUACGAUGUGGAUGAUUUCUGA